UUCCCUUGUUCAAGACCUUGGAAUCUCGUAAAUUCCAACAUUCUAACGAUCGUCCCUGGAGAGACAGCCUUGGCCUUCUAUACAGCAAAAAAUCCAACGUCGAAGCCAAUAGUUGGUAUUGCAACCUAUACAGUAUUGCCGGUAGAGGCAGCAAAGUAUUUCAACAAAAUACAGGUAAGAUGUGCUUCUGUUUUGAGGAGCAAAGACUUAAUCCGGGUGGAUUUGCCGGUGUUCUUCUACCUCGAUCCAGCAUUCGAUGAGGACCCAUACUUAAUGCGAACCAACAGGCUCAUUCUACACUACACUUUUUUUGAGGCUAAGAAAGAGAAGAUGAUGGUGCCUGGCAUCUCAAAACCCAUUUUGGAGGACGUGACCUAA